AUGGGAUAUGCUGUUCACCAGUUCAAGGCUCUGUUUUGGAAAAAUUGGCUCUGCCGUGUGAGGCAACCGGUCCUAUCACUCUCUGAGAUACUCUGGCCAUGUGUACUUUUCUUCAUUCUGGCUGUAAUCCGUUUCCAGGAGCCUCCAAAAUACAAGGAAAACUGUUAUUUGGAAGCUCGGGAUUUGCCAAGUCGAGGCCUUUAUCCUUUUGUGCGGACUCUUUUCUGUAAUCUUGGUUCAAGAUGCAGGAAUACCAGUUAUACAGCACAGCAAAACAGCCGUUUACGCACUUCUGGCUUUGAAGGUGGUCCCGGGGGCUAUAUAGGACCUGAUCUAGCUUUCAUGAAAGACAUAAAAGAUCUUGCAAAGGGAUUUAUUGAGACCACAGAGAAAGCCAUGGCUUUGGAAAAACUAUGGGAAGAAGACUUAAAGUUUUCAGGGCUCGAUUACAGCACCACUUUUCUCGCUGUGAAUUUGAAUGAAGCAGAGGAAAUGAUUUCCAAGAUAGAAAAUCUAUAUAAGCAACCUCACUUUUGGGACCUUCUGCAUUCACUCCCUCGGCUUAAAUUGAGUAGCUUCUACACAGAAGAAGGGUUAGAUGUGAUAGCACAGUUUCUCAAGGCCGUUGAAAAUACUUUUGCUCCCUUGGAAGAUUUAGCUGUGAUCCCUUUGGGCCAGAGUUUCUAUGAAAUAGUGAAAAGAGCACUGAAUUUAAUGUCUGCAUUGGUGCACUUUUUGCAGGACAGCAGCUUGGAAGGUUUUCAGCAUACUAUUUCUCUGGGGGAUAUGCUGUGGGAUCCACAUGUUGUCAGAAUGCAACUUAAAUCCAGGUUUGGUUUCAAUGAUCUCCGCAUUGAGAAGCUUCUAAGUUAUGCCUCACAGCUACCUGAGAUUCCCACGGAAGAGACACUGGAGCAGUUUGUGUGCUCUGCACUGUCCAGUGUGCCAGGAAAUGAAGCAAAUGGAGAGCAUAAUGAUGAAGGCUGCAUUUCUGCAUGGCAUGAGGCCAAACUCUAUCUUGUCAAUGCUGUAAGCAAGCCGAAACUCUAUUCUCAGGUAUAUCAUCAAUGGUUCACCAGUAGCCAGUCUCAAAAGCUUCUUUCUGAACUUGAAGGAAUGAUAGCUGACUUAAUGUCUCAGUUUUUAGAUGAAAGUGAAGCCAGGAAGAUGGUUUCAGGGUUAAGUACCCUAAUGCUGCAGUGCAAUGAGAAAUCAGAAGCCCAUUUCUCAGAAGGGUAUACUCCAUCUCAUGAUCUGAUCCGGUACCUGGCGAGAAUGCAGGCUGUGCUUUGGGAUGUGCCUCAGUGGCCCAUUGCAAAGAGAUGGCUUCUCAUAGAUGGAGCUCUAAGGAAUGUAGUAAUCCACAGCUUAAACUUCACUGAAGAAGUUUUACAUAAUCUGGAAAAACUAAUUCCUUUUGCCCCAAGAGAUGGAUUUGUUCAUCUAGACAUUGAAAAGCUCUUUGUGGAUUUAAAAAAGAUGCUGUUGAGCAAUGCUUCCUAUGUAUGCAAUGAUGUGCUUACACUGUUUGAGAUGGUCCUUAGGCUUCCAGAAGGGUCAGAUGACAUCGAUGUUUUAGAAAUUUAUAUGUGCCCAAGCAACGACUCAGAUAUGACUCUCAAGUUAAGCAACCAGCUCCAGUCCCUAAAGGAAUCUAUUCUACUUGUGCAGAAAAUUAUUCAAGGUCAGCAGAGCAUUCCAGAUUCAGUAAUGGAUGAUAUUUUGGGAUGGAAAGAAAUAGAAGAGCAGCUAACUGAAAGUUAUGCUCAUUACUGUGAAAUUUAUCAGUUACUGAGAACAGAGAUGCCAUCUGGGGAGGAUGUCCAUUUUGACUCUUGUCAGGAGCAGCUGCUCUUUUCACUAAUUAAUAAUACCCUUGAAAUUGCUUUUGCCUCUGAGGGAAACCCAUUCUGGAAGGAUUUAGCAACUUUUGCUGGAUGGAUAUGUGAAGUAGCUCAAUAUCUGAAUAAGGAAGUGGGCCCCGCAGAUGGAUUUGAAGUAUCUCUAUGUUCCGGGCUCAGUCUGAGGACUAUCUUUGGUCAUUUUUCAACAUUUCUGCAAAACUUAUCAGAUUAUUCCUCAUUUACUUCCUGGCCACGAAUUUCGACAUCAGUCAAAGAGCUUUUGAAGAAAGGACAAAACUUAGAGUUCCUUUUCACUGGAAAUGCAUCUCUCUCAUACCUUACAGGAUUCAUAGAAGAAAUUGCUAUGCCAAGUUUCUCAGCCCCGUUAAAUCUUCACUCUUUUAUGGAAACUGUCUUGAAUAAUACAAUUGCAUGGAUAAACAAUUUUGCUCAAGGGAAGGAAACUGUCACAGGUUUCUCACCUGCAGUUUCUGAACUCUAUAAUGAACUAUUAAAAAACUUCCACACACUUCAGAGAUUCUGGCAGAAAGGGAAGAGUCAAGUGGGAGAAGUAGAAGUAUUUGAUACCUUGGCUAGAGUCUUUUUUUCCAUACCAGAAAAUGAAAAAAUCUUUAAUAUGAGUAUGCUUUUCUUCCAAAAUACUCUGACUGGUUGGCCAGAUUUAAAUAUUGUUGAUAUGAACCAUCUAAAAUACCGAAGUGAAGACUUCAUAAAACAUCUGUAUGAGGUUGCAUCAUUGACUGAAGAUCAUGAUAAUACAACUUUCAAUCCAAUUCAUGGAGUGAGUAAUGCCUCCUCCUCCUUACUCUCAAAUGCAACGUUUUUAUAUAAAAUGCAAGAGUUAGGACAAAUUGUAUCUGACUUUUUCAAAGACACUCAGAAAUUAAACAAUGGUAGUGUGGCCUCACUUGUUCAAAUACUCUUCUCUGUUUAUCAGAACAUUGAUCUGCUCUUAGGUGUUGAAAGCAACAGUGCUCUAUUAACAUUUCUUUAUGAGACCUCAAAAGAUAUUUUAUCUCUUCAAUUAUGGCAUGAUUUUGAAGACAGAGACCUGGCUUUUGAUCUUCUAUCUGAAACUUUUAAUGUACUUUUGAACUUAUCUGGGCAGCCUCUCUGUGAGAAGUUAUUAAUCAUUUAUAAUUUCACGGAGUUUCAGGCCCAGUCUCUCACACAGAAAGGCAAAGACAUGCAAGUUGUCUAUGACUCUCUGAACAGCCUUAAGACUUUAUUAAUGGAUGAAGAGAUCCAAACAGCUGCCGCUUGUUAUUUAGAAGAAUUCUUUGGUAUAUCAGUAGAAUGCCUGAUAAAUAAUGGAUGCAUUGAUUUUUAUUUAUCAAACUCUACUUCUAUAGAGAAUUCAGUAGAGGAUUAUGACUUUCUUCUGUUUCCAUUGGACACUGUUUUAACUAACAUAACAAAACUGGGAGAUAAGAUAAAUUUGUCUUCUGCUUUGCAGUGCGCUUUUCUAUGGCUUCAAAGCUGGACAGGGAUUUUUGAAGAAGUGUCUGAAAUUUUAAAUUUGAAUUCAACCUUUUUUGUCAGUCUAAGAUAUGGUUUGGCAAACGUUUCUGAAAGCAUUUUAAAUACAACUCAUUCUGAACUAUGCAAUAAGACAACUACACUUAUUGUUGAAGCUGCAACAGCAGCGCAUCUGUUAAAAAACAUAGUUGAAGAUGGUGAUUUAAAUGACUGGGAAGAUUUUGAAGUUCUCGUUAGUAAUCUUCAAAGUAUACUUAACAAUGCAAUUGAUGUCACAAGCUUGCUUACAGGUAAAAGUUUGGAGGAGGUUCUGGAAAUUAUAGGAGAGGGAAUUAGUAAAUUGCAGAGGUCUAUGUUGAAGGCUGAUAAUGGAGAUUUUUUUAUUUCUUGGCUUGAUACUUUCCUCUCAGGAAGAUUUGAGGGAGAGAAUAGAGAUGCCAAUACUUAUUCCAUUAGAAAUUCCAUUUCUACUAUUGUCAACCUCUCUGAAAAAGAACUUGGAAUUAUUCUUACAGAGAUAAAAGACACUGUAUCUUUUUUAAAAAGUGUAUCUCAAGAGAAGUACAUGGAUUGUAUCAGCAUCUUCCAGAAUAUUACCAAAUUAAUUUUGAACAAUAUUCUGAAAGAGAAGAGUCAUUCACAGGUUAAUCUUUCUCCUCGUCUUAACUCCUUUCUGAACUUCAGUACAGUGGCUGAAGCAGAAGAAUGUGACAAAUGGGUGCAUAUUCUUAGUAACUUCAGUGAAAAAUACAAUUUUAUUUUUCAAGAUAUCUGGCAAAAUGGCUCUUCUGCUUUGAAUACUGAGUUUAAAGCUUUCUUGCAUCAGAAAAAUUUCAGUUUGUUGAUGAAGUUCUUUCAACAUAUGGUGAGCUACCUUGACUCAAGAAGAUUGCUUCAUAAGUUGCAAAGUGAAUACAACACACUUCAAGCACUAGUAAAAGCAUCAACUAUGAACAUUGAACUGGCAAGGAAGGCACUCGAUGCUUUUAAGUCUUUGACCCUUACUGGUUUUCCGGGAAGAUAUGAUGAAGAGGUCCUGAAUCAUGUAAUAGCUUUGGUGCAAAAUCUGGAGCAUACAGAUCUGGAGUUUUUGAUUGGUCAAUUCAAAAAAGUCCAGCAGAGCCUGGUUCAUUUAUUUAAAAGUAUCAGAUCUUUGUAUGUUGAGAACCUGGCAUUAGGAAUGUUACCAGACUGGUUGGAUAUAUUUGAGAAUGAUCUGUGUAACUGGAAUCUGACUGGCUUCAGGCAUCUGUCACAGCUGUUGGAACAGGACAAGCUCUUAGAUGCAAUGGAGAUGUUCCCUCUUCUCCUUGAUGUCAUCAGACUUACAGAAGGAUUAGCCCAUGGAAACAUCACAGAUGCACUAACAGAUGUGUACACUUUUAUACUGACUCAAGAAGCAAAAUUACCUAUGCUUACCAAGGAGGAAUUAUCUAAUCAAGUAGGAAGUCUCCUAAUGUUACAGCAAACUCUGAGUGAUCUGUCUCAUGAACCUACAGAGGCCUUGGUUUGUAUUUCUGCAGCGUUCUGCUGGACUCUUAGAACCUCAGCACCUCAGAAUGAUCCUGCUUUUAAACCUUGUAACUUUGCACACAACAAUUUUUCUCUUGCUUACAAUGAAGUCAUUAACACAAUUAAGCAGCUGAAACUGAUCCCCCUGGAGGACAGUUCCCUAUGUGCCAAGGAAGACUUUCAGGUAGAUAUCAUGCGCAAUCUGACUUGCUUUUUUCAUCUGAUCAGAGAAUGGAACUCUCUUCUAUUGAAGUUUUCUGAGCUCUGUCAUUUAAAUGACUCAGUUCUCAAAGAGGUAUUAGACUUUUGGAAUCAACUGUCUAUUUAUUCUGUACCUCUAGGGGCCAAUAAUACAGCCUCAGUCACAUGCUCACCCACACUGAAGAUGCAGGCAGCUUUACAGUUUGUAGAAGCACUGGAUGGUGUGACGACGACAGAAAUGGAGACAGCCAUAGCUGGUUUUGAGCAGUUGGAUGAUCUUUAUUAUAUCAUAAGUUCAAGUGGAGACAGAAAAACGUCACUUUUGAAGACAGUUCUUUCAAAUUUUAAGAACAUGACCAAUGAAUUGUCUGGAUUGCUGGGUACAGAGCCCAUCCUUUCUUUUCUCUCUUUAGUUCAGCCUUUAAUAACAUUCUCAUCUUUUGGAAACCAGACUUACUCGGUGCUUAUGGCAUUAUCAGCUUUAAAUAGAAAUGAAAAUACAUCUAAUAGUUUUGAGAAUUUCUGGUUUCACGUAGAGUCUAGUAUAGAAAACUUAUCAGUGAAUUUUAAUGUUAGGCAUUUACUUAUGGCAGUAGAGCAAGGCUUCCAGAUAUUAAGGGUAGCUACUGGGCAGUCAAGGGAUCUUGAUGUUCCAGUACCUCAGCUUAACAUGUCAUCUGUCAACACUAUGUUAAGAAAUUUUAAAGAUAUUCAAGAGAGUGUAAACACCUUUCUAUGUGAGCUUAACACUACAAGUUAUUCUGAAGUACUGCAUAUUCUGAUCUUAAUGGCUACUGAAAAGUCUUCAGAUGACCUACUGCUAGUUGUCGAAGAUAUUAUUGACUUUCUGGAACUCUUCCAAAAUCAGUCUAAAGAAGAUUAUAUAUCCAUGGUCUACGAUGAUCUUAAAGGUGGAAAUAUGAAUAAUACUCUUAUUGCUGCCUCAGUUUUGCAGAGUAGUGUCCUUCAUAUAAUUGCUGACCUUGCCGUUAUAGAAACAGCUCUGCAUUCAAAUGAUACAGAGCUUCACACAAUUGACUUCUUUGAUUUACUUUUUGAUGAUAUACAACAUGGAAGCUAUGGAAAAGCUACUAAUCCUUUUGAAAACAGAACUCUUGAAAACAUGCAAGAGAUCUUGCAAAUGAUCUUUCUGUCUACAGAACAUGACAGGAACAGACUAGCCUCCUUGCUAAACUACUGGCAUGAGGAUAUAAUGGCAGAAAUGAGAGCAUCUGAGAUAUGUCAAGCUCUUCAGAAAUAUUUACCCCCUACUAUUGUCCUGCAAUUGCAGAAGCUACAGCUUAUCACUAUGAAUGGUCUCAAAAUCUUUUCAGAACAACCAGCUAUCAUCAGCAACCUUUUCUGUGUUGUUACAAGGUGUAAAGAUGGCUUAACAAGUCACUUCCUCCUCUCCCUCUUUGAAGGAAUCAUUCUGAUUCAAGAUCGUAACCAGGAUAUCACAAGAAUGUGGUCUGCUAUCAACAAAGAGGAUUGUGAGAAUAUUGCAUAUAUAAAUCAGAAUUUUUUCAGUACUGUGGAGAGCUUCCUCAGAGUCAUACAAAAUACCAAUGAUGGGAGCUGUGAAUGUCACCUACUGUUAGAAAAUAUCCAGAGACAUUUGCAAAUGUUGACCGAAAAUUUGGAGCCAUUUUCAGAAAAUCCAGUGAUAGCUCUUCUCAGCAGUUUUAAUCUUUUGAAUGGUGUGAAAGUCAAGGACUGUGUGAAAAAUGCUACUGAGCUGGGGCUUAACAUUCAUUCAUCUAUCAAUAUUUCUGAAGAAACAAUUGGGACUGUUUUGGAAGCUAGUAUCUCUCAUUCAGAGUUUUUUUACAGUGCCCUUGCUGCAGCUUUAGCUGGAAGAUGUGAUGAAGAAGUAUUUGGCCUGCUGCUAACAUUACCUGAAAACAGAACUUCCCUGGUGGUGGAGGAGUUAUGUUCUUUGCCAGCACUGGACUUGUAUACCAUGUUUGUAUUGUUUAUUCAGAAUUUGAAUUUACGCCAUAUAAUUUACAAGGUUAAGAUACCAUCUGAGAUAGGCACCUUACUGAACACAUUAUUGGAUGUAAUUUCUAGUAUCAGCUCUCUUCGCGAUAAAGCCCAGCGUGUCAUGGAAAAUCUUCCAGUGUUCCUCCAAGCUUUUAAAAACAUUGGUGUACUUGACAUCUCGGCAUUGCAACAGCUCUCACAAGGUGGGCAGCUCAGGCGCUCAGCUGUUGGAUCCCUGGAGUCUGUAAUCAAGGCAGUGUGUAAAGAAGAGUCUUCGUUUUUCAGCAACACAAACAUGUUCAUCGACAUGCCCAGAAUCACAGAGCUCUUGGAGGACAACAUGGCAAAAUACGGCAUUCCUGAAGGAUCAACUCCAUUUUGCUUGAAACUUUAUCAGGAGAUUUUACAGUCUUCCAAUGGAGCUUUGUUAUGGACUUUCCUGAAGCCUAUAUUACAUGGGAAGAUACUGUACAAUUCCAACAUCAACAUGAUUGACUUGGUGAUAGAGAAAGCCAAUUUCACCUUUGCUUUUGUGGAAAGUUUGAAGACUUAUUCUCAGACGUGGCUUAGGAUGUCUGAGGUUUUUAAAAACAGUAGAAAAAGUCUUGUGGUAUCUCGGCUGCAGGAAGCACUGCACAACAAGUUCAUAAAACAGUUUGUAGAAAGUCACUUAAAUAUUGACAUGGGAAAGCUUAUUGAAGAUAUACAAACAUAUGAGACUAUGAUGGACAAGAUGCUCAACAGCUCAGCCACUAAACAGAUUGACCUGUUAUCACAGCUCUUAGUAGAUAUCUCUUCCUGUGUAUUACUGGAUCGUUUCCAGCCUUUUGAAUCUGUUGAUAAAUUGGAAGAGAAGGCUCGUGAGCUCAUGCAGCAAAAUAAUUUUUUGGCUAGUAUCAUCUUCAAUGUGCCAAAUAACGAGACACAAGAUUCUAGAAAACUUCCGCAACACAUUUCAUAUACAAUUAGGACCAGUGUUCUCUAUAGCAUGAGGACAGAUUUGAUAAAAAAUCCCAUGUGGAAAUCUCAUCCCCAAAACUUGCCAGCUGAUGGGUUUAAAUACAACCAUAUCUUCGUUCCUCUGCAAGACAUGAUUGAAAGGGCAAUUAUUUUGGUACACACUGGGACAGAUACCUCAGAACCAGCAAUUCAGGUGCAAGCCAUGCCUUAUCCUUGUCAUACCAGUGAUUUAUUCUUGAACAAUAUAGGGUUUUUUUUUCCUCUAAUGAUGAUGUUAACAUGGAUGGUGUCUGUUGCUGGCAUGGUUCGCAAGUUGGUUUAUGAAAGAGAAAUUCACCUUGAAGAGUAUAUGAAGACAAUGGGUGUUCAUCCAGCUGUUCAUUUCUUGGCUUGGUUUCUGGAGAAUGUCAUCGUGCUUGCAAUAAGCAGCUGUGCUCUAGUUGUCAUCUUGAAAGCGAGUGGCAUCUUUGCUUACAGCAACAGCUUCCUCAUUUUCCUUUUCCUCCUGGAUUUUGGAGUGGCAGUUAUUAUGUUCAGCUAUCUGUUGGGAGCGUUUUUUCACAGUGCCAAUACAGCAGCGCUGUGCGCCAGCCUUGUGUAUAUGAUAAGUUUUUUACCCUACAUAGUUUUAUUGGUCCUGCAAAACCAGCUGAGUUUGGUCAGCCAGAUUGUUACAUGUCUUCUGUCUACAACUGCCUUUGGGCAAGGCAUAUUUUUCAUUACAUUCUUUGAAGGCCAAGAAGUAGGAAUUCAUUGGAAUAAUAUGUACCAGCCCAUUACACAAGGAGGAUACAUGACCUUUGGAUGGAUGUGCUGGAUGAUGUUCUUUGACUCCAUUUUAUAUUCUAUAGGUGGCUGGUAUUUCAGCAAUAUUUUUCCUGGAAAAUUUGGAAUCAGGAACCAAUGGUACUUUCCUUUUACUGCCUCCUACUGGAAGAACGUAUGUGGAAAGAAACAUUAUCUGAAAUCUAAUAUGUUUUUCUUCAAUGAAAACUUCCAAGAAAAAGGUUUACCUCCAAGUGAGAAAGGUGCUAGCGCAGAAGGAGCCACCAUUGGUGUCAUAUUGCUGUCACUCACCAAGGAACAUGUGGAUGGCCAGCAGGCUGCUGUGAAAGACCUCAGCCUCACCUUCCAUCAAGGUCAAAUAACAGCUCUCUUGGGGCCUAAUGGAGCUGGGAAGACAACAGUUAUUUCGCUGUUGACUGGCCUGUAUCCGCCCAGCUCCGGUACCAUCAUUGUCAAUGGAAAGGACAUACGGACUGACCUGGCUGCCAUCAGGACAGAGCUGGGUGUUUGUCCCCAGUACGAUGUUCUGUUUGACACGCUAACGGUGCGAGAGCAUCUGCUGCUGUAUGGAUCUGUGAAGGCUCCCAUCUGGACAGCCAGGCAGUUGAAUCAGGAAGUCAUGGGAGCUCUGGAAGAUGUGGAUUUAUCCCAGAAUCAGAACAAACCUGUUGGCGCCCUUUCUGGGGGAAUGAAAAGGAGGCUGUCAAUUGCCAUCUCCUUUAUUGGCAACUCUAAGACAGUUGUUCUUGAUGAACCCACCACUGGAGUAGAUCCGUGUUCCCGCCGUAGCAUCUGGGAUGUUCUUCUGAAGUACAAAGCUGGUUGCACACUGAUCUUUACUACUCAUCAUCUUGAUGAGGCAGAGGUGCUCAGUGAUCACAUUGCCAUCCUGCAGAAUGGCCAACUGAAGUGCUCAGGUUCUCCUGCUCAUCUAAGGGAAACAUAUGGCCAGGGACAUAGUCUAACACUCAUAAAAAAGCCUUCUGUGUUUGAAAUCCAAGAUCCUAAGCAUAUUGUUCAAAUCACGACUUUGGUGCAGAGCCACAUCCCAGAAGCAUUUCUGAAAGAGAGCAGUGGGGCUGAAGUGACCUACGUGAUCCCAGAAAGGGUAGAUAAGACCUCCUUUAAGGGUCUUUUUCAGGCUUUAGAUGAAAAUCUUCAUCAUCUACAUGUGACUGGCUAUGGCAUUUCUGACACCACCUUGGAAGAGGUAUUUCUGAAGCUGCUGCAGGACUCGGAGAAGAUGCCCUGUGUUCCACAGACAGCACACCUGAACUGUGCAAAUGGUGUUGACUCAGCCUAUAUUUCAGUUAUGGGUGCCAUGAGUGUGCAUGGAACAAGUCUUGUUCUCACACAAGUUGUUGCCCUUGUAUUGAAGAAGUUUCACCACGCCAGGCGAGACUGGAGAGGGAGUCUGUCAAACGUUCUGCUGCCCGUUCUGUUUGUUGCAGUGGCGAUGGCCUUGUUCAGUGUGAAGCCACUGGCUAUUGAUUAUCCUUCGCUCAAGCUGACACCAGGACUUUAUGAGAAUGCAGAGUCCUUCUUUAGUACUGGAGAUGAUAACCUUGGAGACCUUUCUCAGAUUCUGCUGAGACACUUUUCUGAUUUGGACCAUACGUGCAUACAUUCACAAGGGAAAAAUAAUUCAUGUUGGCAGAUGGAAUCUAUUUCACAGCAAUUUUCAUGUGGAUGUGUGGCUGAACAGGAGAUGUGUUCAAGUUUCAAUGUCUCUGCUCCCUAUGUGAAGAAUAAGAAAGGACAUAUUCUGUAUAAUCUUUCAGGGUUCCUUGUUGAAGAAUAUUUAGUCAGGCCUUCCAACAAACCAAGAUAUGGUGGCUGGUCUUUUGGAGAGAAGACAGCCUUUGACCUUCAAAAUGUAAAAUUGAAUAACACCAAAUACAAGCCUGUGGCCAAGGUGUGGUACAACCAAAAAGGCUUCCAUUCACUGCCAUCCUACUUAAAUGAACUAAAUAACUUUAUUCUAUGGCUGAAUUUGCCUCCUACGGUGGACUGGAGACAGUAUGGGAUCACACUUUAUAGCCAGCCCUAUGGCGGAACUUUCCUGGAUGAGGACAAAAUAAUGGAGAAUGUUCGUCAGUGUGGUGUAGCACUGUGUAUCAUGUUGGGCUUUUCCAUCCUUACUGCAUCCAUUGGAAGUGCAAUAGUGAAAGACAGAGUAUCUGGCGCAAAACGCCUGCAGCACAUCACAGGCCUUGGAUACAAAACUUACUGGCUUGCAAACUUCUUCUGUGAUAUGCUGUUCUACAUGGUUCCAGUUGCCCUGUGUGUUGGUGUGAUUACUGCCUUCCAGCUAUCGGCCUUCACUUUCCGAGAAAACUUGGCAGCCACUGUUCUCCUGCUGACACUCUUUGGAUAUGCAACUCUACCGUGGAUGUAUCUUGUAUCCAGAUUCUUCUCAAGUUCAGAUAUAGCUUUUAUUUCUUACAUCUCCUUAAAUUUUGUGUUUGGCCUUUGCACGAUGCUGGUGACUCUCUUACCUCGUUUGUUAGCUGUAAUUUCUAAAGUGCAGAGUUUUCAGAAUGUCUACGAGUCCCUUAAAUGGGCAUUUAUUAUAUUCCCACAAUUCUGCUUAGGGCAAGGGUUGAUAGAACUUUCAUACAAUCAGAUCAAGUUUGACCUGACCAGCAGCUUUGGAAUAGAUUCAUACGUGAGCCCAUUUGAGAUGAACUUCCUCGGAUGGAUUUUUGUGGAAAUGGCCCUUCAAGGAACAGUUCUUCUUCUUUUACGGAUUUUUCUUCAUUGGGAUCUCCUCCAAAAAACAAGGGGUCAGUGCUCAGUUAGCACCAUGGUCAGCGCCUCAGAAGAUACUGAUGUAGAAAUGGAGCGACAGCGACUCUUUGGUGGAAGAACGGCUAAUGACCUCCUGCUGCUGUACAACCUCAGGAAGUGCUACGGAGGUUUCAAUAAGAAGAAUGCAGCUGUGGAGAACAUCAGCCUGGGAAUACCAAAGGGAGAGUGCUUUGGACUCCUGGGAACAAAUGGAGCCGGGAAAAGCACAACAUUUAAGAUGCUGACUGGAGACAUCAUCCCAUCUGCAGGGCGUGCUGUUAUCAGGACUCCUACAGGGUCUGAAAUGGACAUACAGUCUGCUAGCUCUGAAGGCAUUCUCAUUGGCUACUGCCCACAGCAAGAUGCUCUGGAUGAGCUGCUGACUGGCUGGGAACAUCUUCAUUAUUACUGCACCUUGCGUGGAAUUCCAAAACAAUAUAUCCAUAAGGUAGCAGGGGACCUUGUCAACCGGUUGCACCUUGGUGCCCAUGUUGACAAACUGGUGAGAACAUACAGCUGUGGCACAAAGAGGAAGCUCUCUACUGCUGUGGCUUUAGUUGGCAAACCCCAAAUACUUUUAUUGGAUGAGCCCAGUUCAGGUAUGGAUCCCUGCUCUAAACGCUACCUUUGGAAAACUAUCCUGAAGGAGGUUCGCGAUGGUUGUGCAGCUGUGCUGACAUCCCACAGUAUGGAGGAAUGUGAAGCCCUCUGCACACGGCUUGCGAUUAUGGUCAAUGGAAGUUUCAAGUGUCUUGGUUCUCCCCAGCACAUUAAGAACAGAUUUGGAGAUGGCUAUUCCAUCAAGGUUUGGCUUAACAAAGAAAUAAACUAUGGAAGAGUCAUUUUGGACUGUCUGCAACUACAUUUUCCUGGAACACAUUUUAAGGGACAGCAUCUUAAUGUGCUGGAGUACCACGUACCACGAAGUCCGGGCUGCCUAGCAGAACUCUUCAGAGUCCUGGAGAUUCACAAAGCUUUUCUCCAAAUCAAACACUACUCCAUCAGCCAAACCACUUUAGAGCAGGUGUUUAUUAAUUUUGCCACACAACAGCAAGGAGCCACACAUCCUACACAAGAAUCUCCCACUGUUCUUCGUGACUGUCUGCCAGUCUAGGUUCAGAAAAUAAUACAGAAAAGCUGCAUAAUACGUGUAUGCAUAUAUGUAAUAAAUUCUUUCAGCUUUCACCAGCUGGUCUGUGAAAAGCAUAAGAAGGUGAAAUGAGCAGAACGGAGGUGAGUUUACAUCUGUAGGUCAGAAGUGCUAGUAGUAAAACAAAGAAUAGUUGCACACAGACC